AUGCAAACGUCUAUUUCUUUUUUUUCUCUCUAUCUCUCUCUCUCUCUCUCCAUCUCUCUAUCUCUCUCAUCUCUCCCUCAUCUCUCUCUAUCUCUCUCCAUCUCUCCCUCUCUCUAUCCUCUCUAUCUCUCUAUCUCUCUCUCUCUCUAUCCCCCCUCUCUAUCUCUCUCUCUCUCCAUCUCUCUCUCCAUCUCCUCUAUCUCUCUCAUCCAUCUCCCAUCUCUCUCUCUCUCAUCUCUAUAUCUCCUAUAUCUCUCUAUCUCUCAUCUCUCCUCUCUAUAUCUCUCCAUCCCUCUCUCUCUCCAUCUCUCUCAUCUCUCUCCUCUCUCUCUCUCUCUCUCUCUAUCUCUCUCCUCUCUCUCUCUCUCUCUCUCUCUCUCUCUCUCUCUCUCUCUCUCUCUCUCUCUCUCUAUCUCUCUCUCUCUCUCUCUCAUCUCUCUCUCUCUCUCUCUCUCUCUAUCUCUCUCUCUCUCUCUCUCUAUCUCUAUCUCUCUCUCUCUAUCUCUCUCUCUCUCUAUCUCUCUAUCUCUCUGUGCAUUGCAUGAAGCCUCUAGUUUAUGUUCUUGGGUGUAUGAUCUUAACUACACCUUUCUCUCUCUCUCUCUUCCCCCCCACCUCUCUCUCUCUCUCUCUCUUCCCCCCCUCUCUCUCUCUCUCUCCCCCCCACCUCUCUCUCUCUUCCCCCCACCUCUCUCUCUCUUCCCCACCUCUCUCUCUCUUCCCCCACCUCUCUCUCUCUUCCCCCACCUCUCUCUCUCUUCCCACCAUCUCUCUCUCUUCCCCCCCAUCUCUCUCUCUCUUCUCUCCCACCAUCUCUCUCUCUCUUCUCUCCCACCAUCUCUCUCUCUCUUCUCUCCCACCAUCUCUCUCUCUCUUCUCUCCCACCAUCUCUCUCUCUCUUCUCUCCCACCAUCUCUCUCUCUCUCUCCCCACCAUCUCUCUCUCUCUCUCCCCCACCAUCUCUCUCUCUCUUCUCUCCCACCAUCUCUCUCUCUCUCUCCCACCAUCUCUCUCUCUUCUCCCACCAUCUCUCUCUCUCUCUCCCACCAUCUCUCUCUCUCUUCUCUCCCCCAUCUCUCUCUCUCUCUCCCCACCAUCUCUCUCUCUCUCUCUCCCACCAUCUCUCUCUCUCUUCUCUCCCACCAUCUCUCUCUCUCUCUUCUCCCCACCAUCUCUCUCUCUUCUCUCCCACCAUCUCUCUCUCUUCUCUCUCCCUCUCCAUCUCUCUCUCUCUCUCUCUUCUCCCCAUCUCUCUCUCUCUCUCUCCCCACCAUCUCUCUCUCUUCUCUCCCACCAUCUCUCUCUCUCUUCUCUCCCACCAUCUCUCUCUCUCUUCUCUCCCACCAUCUCUCUCUCUCUUCUCUCCCACCAUCUCUCUCUCUCUCCCACCAUCUCUCUCUCUCUCUCCACCAUCUCUCUCUCUCUCUCCCCUCUCCCUCUCUCCCACCCCUCUCUCUCCCCCACCCCUCUCUCUUCCCCCCACCUUUCUCUCUUCUCUCUCUUCCCCCCCCACCUUUCUCUCAAUUGCAUUGGGUACAUUUUCUAUAUGGGGGAGAAAAGUUUUAUGUACGUAUAUUAUUGAAUGAUGACAAUCUACUUAGAGAAGGAGCAUCUGGAGCAUUUGCCCAAUACAAUAAAGACCAAUUUACGCCAUGUAGAAUAGAGGGCACUGAAGAACAGGUAUUGAUUACUGAAUAUGGAGAUUUAGUUGCAGGAAGAUUUCUAGAUCCUCGAACAAAAACUACUUUUAAAUAUGAUCAUUUGCGGAAAGAAGCCAGUGACUUGCAACCAGCUGAAAUUGAUAAAGUUGCUGAGCCCUGGCGAGCUGCUGUUGAAGCAGCUUUUACUCCCUAUGCAUGGGAAACUUAUGUUUUUUUUUUUUUUUUUUUUUUUUUUUUUUUUUCCUUUUUUUUUUUUCUUUUUCUCCUCUUUUUUUUUUUCUUUUCUCCUUUUUUUUUUUUUUUUCUCCUUUUUUUUUCCUUUUUUUUUUUCUCUUUCUCCUCUUUUUUUUUCUUUUCUCCUCUUUUUUUCUCUCUUUUUCUUCUCUCUUUUCUUCUCUUUUUUCUUCUCUCUUUUCUUCUCUCUUAUCCUCGCCUUCUCUUUUCUUCUCUCUUAUCCUCGCCUUCUCUUUUCUUCUCUCUUUUCUCUUUCUUUUUCUCUCUCUUUUUUUCUCUUUUUUUUUCUCUCUUUCUUUUCUCUCUUUCUUUUUUCUCUCUUUCUUUUUCUCUCUUUCUUUCUCUCUUUUUUUCUCUCUUUCUUUUUUUCUCUCUUUCUUUUUUCUCUCUUUCUUUUUUUCUCUCUUUUCUUUUUUUUCUCUCUUUUUUUUUUCUCUCUUUCUUUUUCUCUCUUUCUUUUUCUCUUUCUUUUUCUCUCUUUUUUUUCUCUCUUUUUUUUCUCUCUUUUUUUUCUCUCUUUUUUUUCUCUCUUUUUUUUCUCUCUUUCUUUUUUCUCUCUUUCUUUUUUCUCUUUCUUUUUUCUCUCUUUCUUUUUUCUCUCUUUCUUUUUUCUCUCUUUUUUUUCUCUCUUUCUUUUUUCUCUCUUUCUUUUUUCUCUCUCUCUCUCUCUCUCUUUUUCUCUCUUUUUCUCUCUCUCUCUCUCUCUCUUUUUCUCUCUCUCUCUCUUUUUCUCUUUUUUUUUAAAUGGGGGAAUGGGCGCUGGCGCUCUCAAUGGACAGUAACAUUUAAUGAAAAUGGAGGAAAAGUUGACUUAAUAGGUUUACUUAAAGUUCAAGUCCAUUACUAUGAGGAUGGAAAUGUGCAGUUAGUAAGUUCUAAGGAUGUCAAGUUGACCCUUAAUAUAACAAAAGAAGAACCAACUGCUAAGGAUUUUACACAGUUGGUAUCAGAAGCAGAAAGUGAAUAUCAGAAAGCUAUCUCUGAGAAUUACCAGACAAUGUCAGACACUACAUUUAAGGCGCUGCGACGACAGUUGCCGGUCACUCGCAGCAAGAUUGACUGGAAUAAAAUCAUUGGUUACAAAAUCGGCUCUGAGCUGAAGAACCCUUGA